AUGAAAACAGCGUUCUCUGUUUCAAGAACGCAUUUUGUUGGAGAAAAUAAAGACGACAAUCAUUUAAAGCCACCGAUUCGCCAAGAAGCCAAGAAAGCGCGGAGAUGGAGAAGUGGCCGGCGGCGGCGGCGGCGGCGGCGGCUCCGGCGGACGGGUUGGGGCGGUGGGUUUAGUACUGGAGAAGUCGCGGGGGGCUCGGCAGGCUCGAGCUUUGCUCCUGUUUUUCCGCUUUCCUCCCUCCUCCUCCUCCUCUUCCCCCCGCAGGCGCGCGCCGCGCGGUGCGGCUGGCGGCCCGCCCCGGAGCCCGAAGCGCUCGGUGCCUUCGCGAAGUUCGGCCUCCUGAGGGCGCGCGGGCUGCCGUGGGGGUGGGUGUCGGUGUGGCGGCCCGGCAGGGUGGGCGAGAGAAGCCCCCCCACCCCCGAGGGAGGGGGGCGGGCGGGAAGGAGGCGGGCGGGAGCUGCAGCCCGGCCCGCGGUGCCCCCUGCGCGUCACGGAUCCUCUAAACCCAGCGCGUCCAGAGAGCGGGAUGUUCUGCGUCUGGGAGGUCUUUGCAUCCUCGGUUCCCAGCGCCGGGGCUGGCGGCCGCCAACUUCCGGACCGGUCGAGUGGCCCAUGAGCUGUCAUUCCAAGCACCGAGAUUCCGAGUGAAUUGCAUCGGAUCGCAACCCAGGGGGUUAGGAGCUCAGCUACUGAACUGCUGCGCGUCUCCGGCUCGAACAAUACUAUUUUGUGUGUGUGUGUGUGUUAUUUUUUUAAACCCCCCUCCGGGAGGCUGCAAUUAACAUCUUAUUUGUUCUGGCUAGAUACAGGCUUUGUCCCGAGCGGGAUGCGACGACCGAGGUUGGGCAUUUUGCUUUGCUUUCUGCAUGGCAAUGGGAUCUGGUUGUGGGGUCUAAACUUUGGUUUUUGUUUCCUUCAUGUAUCCAAUUCUUUUCAAGUUUCCCUAGUAACAGGUUUGGGGACCGGUGUGGGAAGAAACGAGGGGGAUAAGGGGGGAA